UACUCAUCCCGCGAAAUCUCCUCCGAUUCCCAAACAGACCCCUCCACUUACUUGAUCGAUCGCUUACUCACAAGAAUUUCAAUGUCAGUCCCACCGUCGUCGCUUGACUUCGGUUCGGAUUCCGAUGACUUCCAAGCUAUCGUCGCUCAGCAACGCCGCGAAAUCAUGGCCGCCAAAGCUCUCGACUCCGACCUCGACUUCGCCUUCAAUCUCCAGCUCCAAGAAGCCAUCUCGGCCUCUCUUACCCUCCCCCACCAACCAUCUCUGUCCUCCACCGUUGUGUCUGAGUCCAAGAAGAAUAAAGACGUCUCGAACUUCCCCGACCUACUUUCCUAUGAAAUGCUUAAACUCGAGCAGGAACUAAAAGACAAGGCCGUUUCUGAAACGGAGUUCAAGAAAUUAAAGAAUGAUCUCCACCGUCGUAUCCAUGAUCAUAAAGUGGCACUUGAAAUUUCGAGAAUGCCGGAGGAAGAGUGGGAGGACUGGGGGGAUAAUUUUGAGCGUCCAUUCGGGGAGGGUAGCUCGGAAGGGGUGAAUGACGAGAUUUUUAGGGUUUAUUUUAAAGGUUUGGUGGAAAAGCAGUUGCCAGAGGGCACUCUUUUGAGUGGAAUUGGCGUCGCGGUAUGCGACUCGAGGGAUGAAGUACUAUUUGAGUUGCGAAAGCCAUUGGUGGGCAAUGGGUCGAGCCGGCAGCGCGCGGAAAUGAGGGCUCUGGUCGAGGGUCUUAAUGCUGCAUUGGAACUUGAAUUGAAGAGGGUUACCUUCUAUUGCGAUUACUACACUAUUUUCAAAUUCGUUACUGGCCAGUGGUCAACAAGACGUAGAAAAGUAUCAGCAUUGAUCAGUCAAGUUUCUCACCUUCAAGAAAAAUUUACUUACUGUCAACCGUCUCUUGUGGCUAGAAAGGACAUCAAGUUUGCAUUUAAAUUAGCAAGAGAAGCAAUAAUCUCUCAAGUUUGCAAGGCCGCAGAGUCGAGUGAUUCUAGGAAUUCAUAUGAGACAUGUGUAAUUUGUUUAGAGGACACAAAUAUCAGCCAAAUCUUUCCUAUUGAUGAUUGUAUGCACCGUUACUGCUUUUCUUGCAUGAAACAACAUGUGGAAGUGAAGCUACUCCAUGGAAUGUUGCCCACUUGUCCGCAUGAAGGCUGUAAAACUAAACUGAAGAUUGAUAGCUGUAGCAAAUUCUUGACUCCUAGAUUGAUAGAGAUUAUGAGUCAGCGUAUCAAGGAGGCUUCAAUUCCGGUUACAGAGAAAGUUUACUGCCCUUAUCCAAAAUGUUCGGCUUUGAUGUCUAAGAGCGAGGUUUUGGAGUAUUCAAAGAGCGCACUAGAGGGAGCAGCAAGAUCUGGAGCCAGAAACUGUAUGAAAUGCAACGGUUGCUUCUGCAUUGAUUGCAAAGUACCCUGGCACAACAACAUGACUUGUUCUGAUUAUAAGAGGAGAAAUCCUUAUCCCCAUCCAGAAGAGGCAAAGUUAAAGAAUUUGGCAGCAACAAAUAUGUGGCGUCAAUGUGUGAAGUGCAACCAUAUGAUUGAACUUGCUGCGGGGUGCUACCACAUGACUUGCAGAUGUGGCUAUGAAUUUUGCUAUACUUGUGGAGCUGAGUGGAAAAACAAGAAGGCUACUUGCUACUGUCCACUUUGGGAUGAGGAGAACAUUGUAGAUGGUGAAUUUGAUGAAGAGGAAGAGGAGGAAGACGAUGAGGAAUACUAUGAUUCAGAUUCUGAUGUAUAUUGGUAAAUAACUACAUCUUGGCAGAUUACAUGUUCUAAUCUUAGCAACUUUUACAGUGCUGAUCUGAAGGAUUAUUGAGAAACAUCUCUUAUAGUGAAUGUAAAUAUGGUGCUAGUUCAUAAGGAUUGCCUUUACUCUAGUAAGUUGCUUGUAAAGUUGUAUUGCUACCCAUGUUUUUCACCUUAAACCUCAAUGAAUGGACCAUUUUGAAAA